CGUCUGCCCGCGCCAUGUGGAUAACACCUUAUCUUCUCUUGCACAGUUGCACUGACCCUUCCCGCGCCAAUGGCCUCGAACAACCUCCUCAACCUUCCUCCUUUCAAGAUCGCGCUCAACCCCCCGCCCCCGCCACUCCCGACGCGCCCAUCGGUCUUCUUGGCACCGCGUCAGAUCCCACCCUGCCGCUCUCUACUCCGCAGCAAGCCACCGCCGCGGCAAGGCGUCCGAUCAUCCACGUCUCCGCAGCUAGACACUGCCAACACCCCGUCGCCGCCGUCUUCGAGGCAGGAGGCCGUCGCCCAGGCACGGUCCUGCCUCGCCACGGCGCUGCAGAAGCCGCUCAACAGCUCGAUCCCGCUCAAGAGGCAGCGGCAGCCGCGGUUCCGCGCGGAGAUCCCCGUAGUCGACGAAUCGCCGGGCUCCCUCGCGCGCCUCGCGUUCGACGUGCUCUCGGGCGGAGCAGGGGCGUCGAGGAAGGGCGCGCCGGCGAGGCUGCUGCUCAUCUGGCCCUCGGCCGAGGCGCUGUCCGUGGCCUUGAGGGAGUUCGAGGACCAGGGGGACUCGGCGACGGCGCACGCCCGACUGGGCUCGAUGGCGCCGGACGCGCUGGGCGCCUGCGAUGCCGCGGUGUUCCUGGCCACCGGGCCGGCGCAGGUGGAGCAGGUGAAGGCCGCCGCCGCGGCGCUGGAGCCCAGGCCGGUGGUGCUGUUCAACCCGUCGUGGAGCUUCGACGAGGAGGGAGACGGGGAGAAAUUCGGCGCCGGCGCGAGGGGCUUCGUGGGGUCCUUCGACGUGGUCUACUCCUUCACGGGGCUGGAGGUGCGGGGCCUGCUGAGCAAGAAGAGGGGCGUGCUGCUGCGGUGCGCCGAGGCCGGGCGGUUCGGUGGCGAGGGCUGGGUGCUCAUGGUGGAGAAUGACGGCGGCGCGUCGGACGGGCAGGAGUUCAAGGUCGUGUCGCGGCUUAAGAAGCGGCCGACGAUCGGCGAGGUGGAGUCUAUGCUGUACAACAUCAUGGCCGCGAACUCGCCGGUGACCAAAUCGGCCAGGUUCCUCCGUGAGAUUGUUUCCAAUGUGACUGGAGCAAAGUCCAAGGCACAGUGACAGUGAGUCACCCUGCCUGCGUGAGCGUGAGAUUCGUCGGUCUGGAUUUUGUUGGAGUGCUCUGAAUUUCUUUGUGCCACGCAACGAAAAAUGAGCUGCCCCUGAACACGGUGAGCUAAUUUUGGUCA